AUGAACGAAGUGGUCCGAGCACCGCACAGCCGGGGCGCUGCAGGCACAGCAGCUGCAGGCUGGCUAUCAGGACGUCUGUACCGGGUUGUUCGUGGGGGAGACUCCGGCAACCCCACAGCGGAUGUGUCUGUGUCAUUACCCGCUGCGUCCGGCGCUGGUCUGAAGACUGACACGACUGGACAAUACCCCACAAAGCACACGCACCGAGCUGGCCUCGCUACCCUCCGCCUGAUACACGACACACGACACACGCCCAACGCAGGCCGCGCUGUCGUCAUCAUCCACGCCUCCGAUACCACCACACUCAUUACAGACAUCAGCUCAGAGACUCCCACGUUACUUUCAUCUCUAAACACCUCACCACCCUCCUUUCAACACACAAGCACAACCAAUAGUCAAGAACCCUCCACGCUCCCACCUCCCGCCAUGGACGUGCAAACGCCUUAUGCGCUGGACCUGUCCUCCCUGCUCUUCACAGCGUUCACGCUGGGGUUCACGCCGCUCCUUCUCGUCGGGCUCCUGUUCCGCAUGGCCGUCCACCCCAUCACGCUGCUGUACGAGUGGCUGACGGACCAAUCGCGGCGGUACUCGCCCACGCUGCGCGCGCAGAGCCUGCGCUCCUCCUCCGGCGGAGGCGGCACAUACGCCGGCCCCGCCUUCACUGCCCCUCCCGCGCUCCGCGGCACAGGCACAUACCUGAACAUAAGCUACAGCCCCGGGCUCGGCGCGAGUGUGUCUGUGGGCAGCGGGAGUGGGGGCGGGCAACCGGCCGUCUUUGGCGUCGGGCUCGCAGACAAGAGCAGCAAGUACCAGCCGACACUGAGGCAUCUCCCGCCCCGCUCUGCCGUUGCCCAGCCGUAUCGUCCCGAGACGAUCAGCUCGAUCGCUGGCGCGCAGGCACACGCCUCGGCACAGCCGCUCGCGCUCGAUCGCGCCUUUAGGCAGAUUGAGGAGGAUAAGUGGGACAGAACCGAGAGGUGGCGGCGCGAGAUUAUGGAGGACGACUAUUAG